ACUUCCCUUACAAUCAAGUUCGUUAUUCAUUGGGAUCAAAACGUGUAAACAUGGUUCGAAAACUUAAAUUUCACGAAAAGAAGCUGUUGAAGAAGGUUGAUUUCAUAUCAUGGAACGUCGACAACAAUAUUCACGAGCUAAAGAUAAUGAAAAAGUAUUAUAUACAGCGCAGAGAAGACUAUACCAAGUAUAACAAACUGUCCAGACAGAUUCGAGACCUGGUGAGAAAGAUCAAGGAACUUGAUGUCAAAGACCCGUUUAGAACUGAAGCCACGAGUCAAGUUCUAGAAAAAUUACAUUGUAUGGGCCUCGUUCCCACGAAACAGAAUCUUGCCCUGGCAGACGAUGUGAACGCAUCCUCAUUUUGCAGACGGCGUCUGCCUGUCGUCAUGGUGAGAAGUCACAUGGCUGAGACGUUGAAAGCAGCCACCACAUUUAUUGAACAGGGACAUAUACGAGUAGGACCAGAGGUUGUUUCAGAUCCAGCUUUUCUUGUGACCAGACAAAUGGAAGACUUUGUGACCUGGACAGACACAUCUGCCAUCAAGAAACACGUGUUAGACUACAAUGAUAUGAGGGAUGAUUUUGACAUGUUGGCCUGACAUCUGUGGAUACUGAUUAUCGCAAGUGGGACGUCAUCUGUUCACCACUAAGGCAGCUUUCAAAACGCACUUCCACUACUACAUGAUUACCUGUUACUUGUAUGAGAAAUGCUGGUUCACUUACAUACUUAAGAGGUUUUCACAUAAUAUUCAAUAAAUUUUAGAUGUAUCAUUGUUGAUAAUUAAUGGGCCAAUUAACAUAGAAAUUAUUAUUAACAUUUCUGAUGCAGUGGAGAUUUAACCAAGAGGAAUUAGCCCAAGGUGUUAAAUAGCAACAGUUGUCUGAAUGUCCGAAACUUGCCCACCUGGACAUACAACUUAUUUUUAGUGUAGGUUGACAUAUGCCUUCACCAUAUUUUUAAAAAUAGGUGGACUAAUGCCUUCUGGGACGAAUGCCCACUCAGACAAAAUUGUCAUCAAUAAUUGCCAAUCUUAAGGUCCUGAUAAAUAGCUAUCACUGUAAAAGUGUCCUCAAUAUUUGAUCAGUUUGUUAAAAAAUGCCCAAAUAUUAAAAUUAAUUAAUAAUGGAUUCAUCCAGCAUGUUAAGGAUUAUUGUAAUGUAUUAAUUGUAUCAGAUAUCCAACUAGUAAAGGAAUGGUGUCGGGAGGCCCAGUUGAUGGGAGGGCGUAUGUCCAAGAGUUAUUUAGUAAAGGCUUAUUAAUCCAAAUGCUGAAAUAAUUGUAAUUCUCAUUAAUUGUACAAAUAUUGAUGCAACUAUACAGAACACUAAAUUUUUAACAGUCUUGUUCUUAGAAUCAGACAUUACCAUAGAACGAAAUUUAUUAAGGGAAGUAAUUUUUAUCAUGCAUCCAAUUUUAGAAUGUUAUUGUUUAGUUAUACCCCCAUUGCCAUUGGUAAUGGGGGCUAUAUAGGAGUCACUUUGUUGGUCUGUCUCGAAAUUUCAUCCGAUCUUCACCAAACUUGGUCACAAGUUGUAUCUUGAUGAUGUAUAGGUCAAGUUUGAAUAUGUGUCAUUCCGGGUCAAAAACUAGGUCACAGGGUCACUAAGUGUGUUUUAAACCGAAAGUUUGUCCCGACCAUAACUAUGUCAUUUAUCGUUAGAUUUUAAAAUAACUUGGUACAUUUGUUCACAAUCAUGGGACGGUGUGUUGCGUGAAAAAAGUACGUCAAUAUCUCCAAGGUCAAGGUCACACUUGGAGUUCAAGAGUCAAAUGCUUGUCCAGGCCAUAACUUUAUCAUUUAUUGUGAGAUUUUAAAAUCAUUUGGCAAAUUUGAUCACCAUCAUGGGACGGUGUGUCGCGCGAAAGAAUUAUGUCAAUAUCUCGAAGGUCAAGGUCAAACUGAGUUCAAAGAUUAAAAAUGGCCAUAAAUGAGCUUGUCUGGGCAAUAACUUUGUCGUUCAUUGUGAGAUUUUAAAAUCAGUGUGCACAUUUGUUCACCAUCAUUGGAUGGUGUGUCGCGCGAAAGAAUUACGUCGAAAUCUCCAAGGUCAAGGUCACACUUUGAGUUCAAAGGUCAAAAAUGGCCAUUAAUGAGCUUGUCCGGGCCAUAACUAUGUCAUUCAUUGUACAAUAAAUGAGAUUUUAAAAUCCUUUGGCAUAUUUGUUCACCAUCAUUGGAUGGUGUGUUGCGCGAAAGAAUUAUGUCGACAACUCCAAGGUCAAGGUCACACGUUGAGUUCAAAGGUAAAAAAUGGCCUUAAAUGAGCUUGUCCUGGCCAUAACUAUGUUGUUCAUUGUGAUAUUUUAAAAUAAUUUGGCACAUUUGUUCACGAUUAUUGGACGGUGUGUCGCGCGAAAGAAUUCCGUCGAUAUCUGCAACGUCAAGGUCACACUGUGAGUUCAAAGGUCAAAAAUGGCCAUAUAUGAUCUUGUCCGGGCCUUAACUAUGACAUUUAUGGUGAGAUUUUAAAAAUACCUGGUACAUAUGUUCACAAUCAUUGGACGAUGUGUCAGGCGAAAGAAUUAUGUCGAUAACUCCAAGGUGUAGGUCACACUUGGAGUUCAAAAGUAAAAAAAAUGGCCAUAAAUUAGGACGGCAUGUCAUGCAAAAGGAUUCAAGAGUUCAAAGGUCAAAAUGGCCAUAAAUGAUAAUGGCAUUAUGAUUCUUAAAAAUCGCCAUAAAUUUGAUUCUCUUGUUUUGUGAAGACAGCAUGCAAAAUAGUCUGUGUCAAUGUGGCACGUGGGGGUAUACGUCACAUCUGUAACAAAGCUCUAGUUUAAUGAUGAAUUUAAUAUUCUUUGAUCAUAAUAGAAUAUUAGCUUACACGUGAACCUAACAAAAAUGGUCGUAGGCUACCAGAAUUUUAUUCUGUAUACAGUCAUGUAUUGGUCUAUGAAAAUAUAAAUUUUCCAGCUUAAAAAAAUAAAAAUCUACUUUUGUUUUGAAGCAGAAUAUAUGUUAAAUUGCAAUACUGAUUGUGGGGUAUGGACUGUUGUUAUGUACAUAUUUAAUUAGGCAACACGCAUAGCAACAAUAAAAGUUAAAGAAGCUAUAGGUUUAAUGCCCGCUGUAUAUUGUUUACAAUGUGUUAUUAAAAUUAAAUAUAAACAAUUUAAA